CGCGACGGCAUCGAUGAAAUCGUUUCGGUAAAAAAUCGCUUGUCCCGUCGGCCAUCUUGCAAGAAGGUUAAUCUGCGUCCCGCCAGUUUUUCCGCGUCCUAUCGGUAAAAUAAGUAAAAUUGCCGAACGAAAAUGACCAGUGUGGAGGAAACAGUGGUCGAGUUCGACCCUAGCGAAGAUGAAGCGGCGGCCGCGACGCCGGCCAAGGUGAGCCGAGCGUCGACCUCGAAGCGCGAGGCCAAGUCAGACGUCUGGGCGUACUUCCAGAAGGGCGACCUCACCGCGAUAUGCAAUUUGUGCGGCCGAGAAGUGCGCCACGGAGGCGGCACCACCAACGUCAGGGCCCACCUGAGGGCCAAGCACCACAUGGUCUACGUCCUGGGCAUGGACCCGAGCGACCCGAGGGUGCUCGAGGCCGAGGCGAGCAAGACGUCGACCGGCAAGAAGCGUCCACGUCGACGCCUGGUCAAGACCGAGGGUAACGCCGCCAAACAAGAAUCGGUGGUUUACUUCGAGGUUGAGGAUCAGAUGAGGUUGGUGGGCAACGAGCCUCAGGCGUACUUCAUGGUCAACGAAGAUGGCACCGUGGAGAAGGCUCCUGCACCCCAAGCCAUGUCAUCGGGCAAGCCGAUUCUGGCACGAAUUUCUCCCAACUGUCCGACCAUUCCCAUGUACGUCGCUGCCCACUCUGAAUUCCGGCUGGGUCUGCGUUGCCGAUCGCCUCAGGUGCGCCUCCGCGGCUUCACCAUCAGCACCCAGACAUGCGACCCUUUCUUCUUGGCAAAUAUUCCGGGAGCCGCAGAAUGGCGUCCCCAGGAUGCGACGUAUCACGAGAGUGUCCGUCUUAUUGUGGAGGACGGAUUGCGGGAGUUGUUGGCCCUGGACUGGGAGGCCGAAGUCCCGUACGACGCAGAGGCCACUGUCGAGCUUGAGCAGCCUCUGCGCUGUGAAGGGCGCCACCUCGAGGUGGUCCUGCAGCUGAAGAAGGCUGGCUAUUACAAAUUCUACGACACCUCCAGCCUGAAACGCACCGAGGGUCUCGUCAGCAUCAAGUUUGCCCGAGUAGACUUGGCAGACCGCACCAUUUUUAAGAACAUCAUUUUCUAAUCUUUAAAGAUAAACCAAAUAAUAUAAACGUGUGCUUAGAAAGUUUGAUGAUUCAUAAUUAUCUAAUUUGUAUGUGCUUUUGUACAGUCCAAAACAUGAAACAUGUCUAAUUUGAUUUAAUAGAUCAAGAUGAAUAAGUUUUGCUAAUUUUAGCUUCCCCUAUAGCUGAUAGAAUGAUUUUUUUAUCCCCCUCAGAAGUUUUAGUUUGAAGAAUUUUAAUUGUUUAUUUUUCCCACGGUGCCGCAAAAUUGUCUAAACCUUUAGGAAACAAAGUCAAAUGUGGCUAAAUUAAUAUAUUGAAAAGGUUGCCAGCGCUGUGGACAAUUUAAAAAGAAAAUGGCCAAGAAAUUAUACUGUAAAGCACUUAUUUUAAAUAAAUUUGGAGCUCACAAAGCUUGUUUGUGAGUUAAAUCUCUCUUUGACUAAAUGAUUAAAUUUCCUUGGAUCUAAUUUGUAGAAUGAUCAUUUAUGUAUAUUAAAAAACUCAUGUAAAUUUUGUAACUGCAAAUAAAACUAUUGAUCGCUAAAAAAAUGUUGUUCUUGGUAAUAUUUA